AUGGUGGCAGUUGGCCUGACCAUCGCGGCAGGCGGAUUUGACGGUCGCUAUGCACUGAAAGCUAUGAAACAAAUGGAACCACAAGUAAAACAAGCACUUCAGAAUCUGCCAAAACCUGCCUUCAGUGGUUAUUACAGAGGCGGAUUUGAACCCAAAAUGACUAAACGAGAAGCAGCUUUAAUACUAGGAGUGAGCCCUACAGCCAACAGAAGUAAAAUUAGAGAAGCUCAUAGACGGAUCAUGCUUCUGAAUCAUCCAGAUAAAGGUGGCUCUCCAUAUGUAGCAGCCAAAAUCAAUGAAGCUAAAGAUUUACUGGAAGAUCAAGCUAAAAAAUGAAUGAGAGAGAAAACCAGAGGGUUUGUCCAUGCAAAUGAUUAUUUUUGACAAAUGGCUUAAGAGGAAUUCUAAUGUCAGUCUGACUUAAUAUAAACAAAGCUGGAAAUACAAAUCCAGGGAGGUACUUCCCUCCCCACUCACUUCUUAGUCACUUUUUGGGGAAACGUGAGGGAGCGAGGCUUCAAGUUUUUUUCAUAGCUGUUUUUUAUUAAGCAGCAAAAUCUGCCACUCGGAAAUAUUUUCAGUGUAAAAGAGUAAUAACUUGGUUUGGCCAAUGCAUGUUAC